GGGCCAGUGAAGCCAUUUUAUUAUCAUCAUUAGGGAAGAAGCAGGUGCAACGCUUUGUUUUAUUUUGUGUAUUUUUUUUUAGCCCCAAACGCCAACAAUGGGGCAGUGUGGGAUUACGUCUUCCAAAACCGUCUUGGUGUUUCUUAACCUGAUAUUUUGGGCGGCUGCAGGAAUACUGUGCUACAUUGGCGCCUAUGUAUUCAUCACAUACGACGACUACGACCACUUCUUCGAGGAUGUGUACACCCUGAUCCCCGCCGUCAUCAUCAUAGUCGUGGGGACUCUGCUCUUCGUCAUUGGGCUGAUCGGCUGCUGCGCCACCAUACGUGAGAGCUCCUGUGGUCUGGCCACUUUUGCUGUUAUUCUCCUGCUGGUGUUUGUAACAGAGUGUGUGGUGGUGGUGCUUGGAUACAUAUACAGAGCAAAGGUGGAAGAUCAGGUGAACCACUCCAUCCAGAAAGUGUACAACGAAUACAACGGCACCAACACGGACGCACCUAGCCGUGCUAUUGACUAUGUGCAAAGGCAGCUUCACUGCUGUGGGAUUCACAACUACUCUGACUGGAGGAACACCACAUGGUUCCAGCAGAGCAAGGCCAACAGCGUUCCACUGAGCUGCUGUCAGCCCAGCAUCACCAACUGCACCGGGAGCCUGGCCCGGCCCGGGGACCUCUACCAGGAGGGAUGUGAGGCUCUAGUUGUGAAGAAAUUAAAGGAGAUCAUGAUGUAUGUCAUCUGGACUGCCUUGAUCUUUUCAUCUAUACAGAUGCUGGGCAUGCUGUGUGCCUGCGUGGUGCUCUGUCGGCAGAGUCACGACCCGGCCUACGAGCUGCUGGUCACCACCAACAGCUACGCAUGAACAGGAGUGCCCCUCCCCUCCCCUCCCCUCCCCUCCCCUCCCACCCCCACAGCACCGCCAACACUAACGUUACAACAGCACACCAACAAUACUACAACAGCAACAACAACGCUACACUGACCGGAACCCAAUCCAUUGGACACGCCCUCGCCCCCAAACAAACACACACAUACACCAAACAUGCACACACAGUUCGAUUUCUGCUGUAGUCGUUUAGAAGCUCAAGCACAUGUUGUACAAUCUUCCAUUAAUCUGCAGUAGCAAAUACUGGUAGGGAUGGGGAGAGGGAGGGAGGGGGGGGGGGGGGGGGGAUGGACCAAUACAAUAUUUAUUGACAUGCUUUGUAAGUUAAUGUUACUUUAAUUGUUUUUAAAAGAUUAAACACUGACACGCUGAAGGACCAAAAAGGUAAAAGUUGUACUUGGCAUAUUGAUAUUACCGAUGAUGAGAAUUGCACGAUCAUUAUUCUGGUUGUUGACCUUUUUGUUGCUUCAUGUGAAGUCGGGGGUCGAGGAGCAGGUUUCUGUGUCUGCUAAGCUCGUUGGGCUGAAUGUAUUACAUAAACGUGUAGGUUUGCACUACGGCCGUGACUGGACGUGUAUAGUGAGGUUUUCAAGUUUUCAAGAACAUGCAAGCUUUCGAUUUUCAAAGGAACCGAGUACAAUUAUAACCACAGGCUCUUGGUAGAGAUUGUUGUAAAACUAAAUUAUUUUCCUUUUGUUUCGUCUGUGGUUGAAGUAGCCUGGCAUCCGCUUUGGUGUCCAGUGGGCCCUCCAGCUCUUGUAGAGCUGUUGGUGCUACGAUCCAUCUUUCAUUUUGGACAUGGAAACUCCUGACAAAGUUGGAGGAGUCUCCUUCAUCCUGAACAAUGUUUAAUCUUUGGAUUAUUUAAAUAUGUGGUGGUUCUGUUUAUUAUCGAAGUGCCGUCCUUUUGUAAUUUUCUUUGUUGAGGUUUCGAUUUAUUGUCUACAAAUUAAUAGUGAGCCAUCUAAUAAAAAGUGAGCCUUUCAGCCCACUUUAGCAUCUACACGUUGCUACAAGUUGAGGCACUCGACAGUGUUACCUUAUUAGGAAGUAUAUCACGAAACUCUCCCGUCAUGCAUUUCCUUGUCGUCAGGUUUUGUAUUUGAGUUCGUUUUUGUAUUCUAUGGUUUUCUUCUAUUGCUAGAUAUUCAGCUUGUGUAGAAGGUGAUACAACUAGAUAAUGGUGUUGAUUGGGAAGGGAGGGUGGAAGACUGAUUUAAAUAAACUCCUACAUUUCACCUUG